AUGGCCAUGCGCUUCCUCACCACCGCCGGCGUGCUGCUCUCGCCUCUCCUCGCGGCCGCCUCUCCCUCACCAAAGCGAGGUCUCAUCUUCAUCCCCAACUCGACGACGCUGCAAGACAACUCCAUCUGGGUGCAGACGGGCUCAGACUUGACGUGGUACUACAACUAUGGCAACCUUCCCAGCUCCGACUACGUCCACAUCCCGCAGUCCAAGUUCGAGUUUGUGCCCAUGAUGUGGGGAGUUGGACCGAACCCGACGCAGGACUUUGCCUUUAGGGACAGCGUUAUCAAUCUUAUCAAUAGUGGUACCAAUAUUACCCAUGUCAUGAGCUUUAACGAGCCUGAUGCUCCGGCUGCUUGGGGUGGCAGCGAUGUGGCCCCGGUCAACGCUGCGAAGGCUUGGAUCGCGAACUUCGUUCCUCUACAACAGCGUAAUAUCAAGAUUGGAGCUCCUGCCUGUACUGGGUCUCCUUCAGGACUAGUUUGGCUUCAACAGUUCUUUGGAAACUGUACUCAGCUCCUUGGGAGGAGCUGCCCGUAUGAUUUCGUGUCGUUGCACUGGUAUGACAACUUUGAGGGGCUGGCGAGCCACAUUGGCGAAUACUCCGCAGCAUUCCCCGGCAAGAAGCUCUGGGUGACCGAGUACGCCUACGCCAACCAGCCGCUGGCCGCGACGCAGCAGUUCUUCAACACCAGCGCCAACUACAUGGACGGGCUCAGCAACCUGGAGCGGUACAGCUACUUUGGCGCGUUCCGGUCCAAUGUUAGCAAUGUCGGGCCCAAUGCGACGUUUCUGAACAAUGCGGGACGGCUGACGGACAUUGGAUCGCUGUAUCUUGGCGGUGGCCUGACGGGAGUGCUUCCUACGUCAAACUCGUAG